UCUACAUUUUUUUUGUGCCUUGCAUACAGGCAAAGAAAAAUGAGUUCUCUAGUAGCAACCCUAGGCUUCUUCAUGGGACUAAUCCUGGCCACCCAAGCUUUCCCACCACAGCGCUACCACUCCCACCAAGACUUUGUGGACGUCCACAACGCCGUCCGAGCGGAGGUCGGCGUCGGCCCUCUCACGUGGAACAAUACCGUCGCCGCCUACGCCCGGAACUACGCCAACCGGCGGAUUGCCGACUGCAAAAUGGAGCACUCGGGUGGGCCCUACGGCGAGAACCUCGCCGAGGGCUGGGGGCAGAUGACCGGCGCGCAGGCGGUCAGGUUUUGGGCGACCGAGAAGCCUCACUAUGAUUAUGCCUCCAACUCAUGCGUCGGCGAUGAGUGUGGCCACUACACUCAGAUAGUGUGGCGGAACUCGGUUCACCUCGGGUGCGCUAGGGCCAAGUGCCAAAAUGGGUGGAUGUUUGUCAUUUGUAGCUAUGAUCCACCAGGUAAUUAUAUAGGGGCUCGUCCUUACUAAUUCAGUGAUAAUUAAUUACAAUAUCAUGUACUAUAGGAGUACUGAUUGAUAUAUAAGAUUAAUGGAUAUGAUACAUAUAUAUAAUUUCCACCAAAUGCAUAUGUGGUAAACUAUAUGUUAGAAAACCACAUAAUU